CUUCCUACAACCACAUACACAACGCAGCGGAGAGAAGUUCUCCUGCACAGCAAGGAUGAGACUCACGGCUGACCUCAUAAACAACUCCCUAUCCUAUCUCAAUCCCCUGAAAGAACGUGAACUUGACCUACGAGGCCAUAAAAUUCCCACAAUCGAGAACCUGGGUGUCGCCGGGCCCCAAGAUGCAAUUGACUUCACCGACAACGACAUUACUACCCUCACAAAUUUCCCUCUUUCACCACGAUUGAACACAUUACUGUUUGCACGAAAUCGGAUACAGUCGGUAGACAGGAGAAUAGCAGAACAAAUACCUAAUCUGACGACGCUGGUCUUGACGGGUAACCAUGUCAAAGAGCUGGGUGAUUUGGAAGGUUUGACCGGAUGCGGAAGACUGACACAUUUGAGUCUGCUGGAAAACCCGGUGACGAGAAAAGAGCACUACAGAUUGUAUCUCAUCUGGUCCAUGCCGUCAGUACGGUUCCUCGACUACCAGAAAGUCAAACGGGCGGAGCGACAACAAGCCAAUGACCUGUUUGGAACGGCGGAUGCACCGACUGAACUAGCGGCCAAGAUCAAAGGAACCAAGACUCGCUCAUUUGAAGUUGGCGCUGGUGUCAACGGCACGGCUGAGGGCAAGCGGAAGGGCGUACGCACUCAACUUACGGAGACGGAGAAGAAGAGAGUGCAAGAGAUGAUCAAGAAUGCAAAGAGCCUUGCGGAGAUCACGAGGAUAGAGAAAGAUCUUGCUGAAGGAAGAAUACCUGCUGGUGCAGCCGAUGCGGACAGGAUGGUGUCGUAGGUUCAGUAUCAGCGUGGCAGGCUUGCACCAUUGUAUUUGUAUCAUAACGAUGAUCAUUUCGAAUGCAGAGUGGUUCUCUGGCUUCUCUGUC